GUUUAAAAACUAAACCGCGUAGAGGAGAGAAGCCACCGGAGUUACGUUACCGACCAACAAUUCUUUGUUUUCUUCUUUAAAUACACCGUAAACACAUCAGGAUAAUGAUGGAGUCUUGUUUGGGGGGGAUCCCGGAGAGAGUCGGGCCGGUGGUGGUGGACGACAUCAGGAGAGAUCUGCUGGGGGAAUUUGAUGCUCUACCUGCACAGGACAACGUUCAGUCGGAGAACCUGCAGGUGUUUCUGAGGGUUCGGCCAUUCACCGCAGCAGAGAGUGACAACAGAGAAUCACAGGAUUGUGUGACCAUCGAGGGGCCGGACACUGUGGUCCUGAAGGCUCCCAGGAGCUGUCAAUCAAACCGACAGAGCGACAAGUCCCUCCCCCAAACGGCUCAGAGGUUCACCUUCACACAGGUGUUCGAGCCCGAGGCCAGUCAGAGGAAGGUGUUUGACGGGUCGGUUCGUGAUCUGGUCCGAGACGUUCUGGGAGGAGGAAACUGUCUGGUGUUCACCUACGGAGUCACCAACGCUGGAAAAACCUUCACUUUCCUCGGUCCGGACCACGAUUCGGGUCUGUUGCCGCGGUCGCUGUCGUUGAUCUUUAACAGCAUCGAAGGCCGCUUCAGUACCGGCUGUGCGGCCAGUACAGAGCGCCCGAUCUGGCGAUACAGGAACAUCCGCAGCGCUGCCGAGACUUCAGCCGGCUGA